UGGGCAGGGAACUACCAAUAUUACCAAGUCACUAUUAAAUCAAAAUGUGAAUUCAGGAGAAAUAUCCUUUCCCCAGAAAGUGAUCAGAAUUUGAAACUCACAGCCACAGGAAGUGGUUGAGCUGUAUGGCAUAUAAACGUUUAGUGUUCCUGUCUAUGGUUCAGCGAGUAUUAUACUCGCCUUUGAGCCUAAAAGGUUGUGGGAUCUAGUAUCAUAUCAGAUUAGAAAGCUGCAAUUCCACAGCAGUUCACCAUGAUUUGUUCUGGGUAAGACAUUCAGCAAGACCAUCUCUGCUCUCACAGGCGGGUGUUGAGGUAUCUGUGGUUUUAUUUGGAUUGUUCUCCCCGGUUACCUUGUCAAUAGUAAUGGAAUUCCCCAAAUUACAUCACCAUAAACAAAUGUCUAGUCUUUAAUGUUAUCAAUGUUACAUUGCUUUAUUAUGGGAGCUCUGCUGAAAUUGGCUGCCAUAGUUCCUGCAAUAUGAUGAUGGCAACUACUAUAAUGUAGUUCUUUGGCAAUAAGGUGUCUUAACAGGGAGGUGAAAGACAAGUGAGAAACACAUGUCUUUCAAUGAAGCAAAUAAUAGUAGGUGUACACCUACAUGCCUGGCAUUAUGAAAUCUUCUCCAGUCCAAUAUCCUGGAAUGGUAGAUUAAAAGAGCACAAAUAGGAAGCUAUUUGAUCCAACACAGCUCUUUGAAAACUAAUAUCCAUAACUAAUAUCCCCAUAUCACUUCAGUUGGUUUUUGUACAAACGCAUGUUCAUUUAGUGAUUUACAGGUAGGUGGAUGUAAGGAACAAAUGAGUGGGUGGAGUAAAGGGUCAAAUGCAUUGGUGUGUGGAAUGAUUGCAUCUUUUUUUCAUUGCAGCCAUCACAUCUGUGCCAAAUGAUGAUGUUUGUUCUAAAUGUCACAUUAAUGCGACAUGCAUGUUGAAGGAUACGACCAACACCUGCACCUGCAACUAUGGGUUUACUGGCAAUGGAAUAACUGUCUGCGCAGAUAAAAAUGAAUGCCAGAUAGGGGCCGAGAAGAUCUGUGGGUUCCAUGCUUCUUGUUAUAACACACAUGGUAGCUACUAUUGUACAUGCAAUGAAGGAUACAGACCGUCCAACAAUAUGGAUUCAUUCACUCCCAAUGAUGGAACACAUUGCACAGCUAUUGACCGUGGAACUCCCCCAAGUCUAGUAAACACAUUGAGAUACCCACCAGUUAACACAACCUACGGAAAAACAAUAUCAUAUCAGUGUGCACACGGCUAUAAGUAUGUAAGAGGAAACUUCAGCUUAAUGUGCUGUGUCAUGGGCCAGUGGGAAGGACAACCCCUGGAGUGUGAAGCCAUUGACUGUGGGCCACCCCCAGUGCUGGAGAACACAGUGCCAGUCUCAUCGGAUAACACAACGUAUAGAAGCACAGUGGUGUACAAGUGCCAGACCGGACAUGUAUAUGUGAGAGGAAAUGCCACGUUAGUCUGCUCUGCCUGGGGUCGGUGGGAAGGAUCAACCCUGGAGUGUGAAGCUGUCAACUGCAGCUUUCCCCCAGAAUUACAGAACGCGGUAAGACACCUACCGGAGAACUUGACCUACGGCAGGACGGUGAGGUACCAGUGUCUGGCUGGCUACGUGCGCGUUGGAGGGGACGGCUCAUUACUCUGCUCUGCCCAGGGUCAGUGGGUAGGAACAUACAUUGAAUGUGAAGCUGUUGAAUGUGGGCCACCCCAAGAGUUACAGAACACAGUGCGAUACCCACCAAAGAACACGACAUACGGCAGUACGGUGGAGUACCAGUGUCUGACUGGCUAUGUGCCCGUGAAAGGAAAUGGAACAUCAGUCUGCUCUGCCAAGGGUCAGUGGAAAGGGCCAGAUCUGGAGUGUGAAGCUGUUGACUGUGGAUCACCCCCAGAGUUACAAAACACAAUGCGAUACUCACCAGAUAACACGACCUACGGCAGUACGGUGGAGUACCAGUGUCUGGCUGGUUAUGUGCCCGUGAAAGGAAAUGGAACAUCGGUCUGCUCUGCCAAGGGUCAGUGGAAAGGGCCAGACUUGGAGUGUGAAGCGGUUGACUGUGGCUCACCGCCAGAAAUAGUAAACACACUGAGGAAUGUACCACAAAGCACAACCUAUGGAAGCGCGGCAGUGUACCAGUGUCGGGCCGGCUAUCGUCAUGUGGGGGGAAACUCAACACUCACCUGCUCUGCCUGGGGUUGGUGGGAAGGAUCAAACAUGGAGUGUAAAGUUGUUGACUGUGGCCCACCCCCAUCUUUAUUAAACACACUGCGAUAUCCACCGCAAGACACAAUACUUGGCAGUAAGGUGGAGUAUCAGUGUGCGGUCGGCUAUCUGCAAGUGAGAGGAACCACCAACUUAGACUGUUCUGCCCAGGGUCAGUGGGAAGGCCCAAGCCUGGAGUGUGAAGCUGUUGACUGUGGCUUGCCCCCAGCAUCACAGAACGCAGUGCUUAUCCCUCUUGAGAACACAACCUACGGCAGUACAGUGGUAUACCGGUGUGCAAUCGGCUAUGUGCAUGUGAGAGGAAACAACACAGCGACCUGCUCUGCCCAGCGUCAGUGGAAAGGACCACACCUGGAGUGUGAAGCUGUUGAUUGUGGGACACCAGCACCAGUACCAAAUGCAUGGUCAUCACCUAUCAGACAGACAACAUACGGAGCUGAAAUUCAUUAUCGUUGUAAGACUGGCUUUGUAAGUGAAGGAGGAAAUGGCACAAUGAUCUGCUCGGAGAGGGGUCAGUGGGAAGGAGCGCAUUUCAAUUGUUCAGCUGUUGAUUGUGGGACACCAGCACCAGUACCAAAUGCAUGGUCAUCACCUAUCAGACAGACAACAUACGGAGCUGAAAUUCAAUAUCGUUGUAAAACUGGUUUUGUAAGUGAAGGAGGAAAUGGCACAAUGAUCUGCUCGGAGAGGGGUCAGUGGGAAGGAGCGCAUUUCAAUUGUUCAGCUGUUGAUUGUGGGACACCAGCACCAGUACCAAAUGCAUGGUCAUCACCUAUCAGACAGACAACAUACGGAGCUGAAAUUCAAUAUCGUUGUAAGACUGGUUUUGUAAGUGAAGGAGGAAAUGGCACAAUGAUCUGCUCGGAGAGGGGUCAGUGGGAAGGAGCGCAUUUCAAUUGUUCAGCUGUUGAUUGUGGGACACCAGCACCAGUACCAAAUGCAUGGUCAUCACCUAUCAGACAGACAACAUACGGAGCUGAAAUUCAAUAUCGUUGUAAGACUGGCUUUGUAAGUGAAGGAGGAAAUGGCACAAUGAUCUGCUCGGAGAGGGGUCAGUGGGAAGGAGCGCAUUUCAAUUGUUCAGCUGUUGAUUGUGGGACACCAGCACCAGUACCAAAUGCAUGGUCAUCACCUAUCAGACAGACAACAUACGGAGCUGAAAUUCAAUAUCGUUGUAAGACUGGUUUUGUAAGUGAAGGAGGAAAUGGCACAAUGAUCUGCUCGGAGAGGGGUCAGUGGGAAGGAGCGCAUUUCAAUUGUUCAGCUGUUGAUUGUGGGACACCAGCACCAGUACCAAAUGCAUGGCCAUCACCUAUCAGACAGACAACAUACGGAGCUGAAAUUCAAUAUCGUUGUAAGACUGGCUUUGUAAGUGAAGGAGGAAAUGGCACAAUGAUCUGCUCGGAGAGGGGUCAGUGGGAAGGAGCGCAUUUCAAUUGUUCAGCUGUUGAUUGUGGGACACCAGCACCAGUACCAAAUACAUGGUCAUCACCUAUCAGACAGACAACAUACGGAGCUGAAAUUCAAUAUCGUUGUAAGACUGGCUUUGUAAGUGAAGGAGGAAAUGGCACAAUGAUCUGCUCGGAGAGGGGUCAGUGGGAAGGAGCGCAUUUCAAUUGUUCAGAGAUUGACUGUGGGUCUCCUCCAGUCGUACCACAUGCCAAACUAACCCAGUACCAGAGCACGAGACUGGGAAGUGUUGUUCACUAUCAAUGUAUGGAUAGAUUUUAUGCACUGUCUGGAACCAACGUGUCCAAGUGCAAACAAGAAGGUCAAUGGGAAGAAGUCAAACUGGUGUGUAAAGUUAAUGAUUUUAUUCUGUUUAAUGAAUCGUGCUUGACAUGGAAAAGGGAUGGAAUUGGAGCAAGAUCCGAGGACAAAUAUUUAUUUCAGAUACAAGGGGAGAGAGUCUAUCAAAGGGAAUUCUUUCACAAUGACUCAUUUAUUCAUAGUACAGCAAAUGACUCCCCUGCAGUGUGUUUGAACUUGCAACCAGGCACCAACUAUACAGUGAAUAUCACAGCUCUUACAUCGCAACAUUCCGCAUCUAUGCGGCUAUCAACAGCAGUCAUUGACCCUCCAGUUCCAAAUGUUCCAGUUGUGGUUGAGGAGCAGAUAUUGCCUCCACUUAUCCUUCGAAAAGUCGAAAGUAAGAACGGACCAAUUUGCCUUUAUCAGGUCAUUGUUUUGCCAAUGAGUUUGCAACACUCGUUCAAUUGCAAUUCACAGAACAUAAGAGAUUUCUUUGGCCACCAAAAAGACACGGAAGCAUACAUCACAGCAGAGUUCAUCGCAAUGGACGUUGAGGAUGGGAUGCAAUUUUCAGUCGGAAACCGGCUAUAUUACAGAGACUUUUAUAACGCUGCUUUAGAGACUGGCAAAAACUAUUUAUUUCAAUUGAAAAUUAUCAGUGAAUGGAAUCAUGUGAAGAGACAGUCGUGUGUGACUUUGGCACAAUUAAAAGGCACAUCAAACAACAUGCAGAUUGCGAUAUUUUUGGGAUUGGGUUCCUUGGGAAUGGUUGGAUUCCUUCUGUUUCUCUGCUAUUCUGUGGCAUGGUGCUUCAAGGAGAGAUAAUAGCAGAGGUGCUGAAAGUUACACAUUGAUAAAUAAAGGAAGAUUCAUUCCCACAUUGUCCGUUUGGUGAAUGAUACUAAAUAUGCAGUUUUCAAUGAAUAAGAACAAAAUUGGUGCUAGGUUAAGGUGUCUUUGUACCUUGCUCAAGAUAAUAUUCAAAUAUUGGAAUUUUUUGGACAAGCUGUGAUUGUAAAACGCUUAUUUAUUUGUAUGAUAUGGUAAACUGUUUCUAACUAAAGUUAAAUUCAUUCCAGAGUCUUGAAUACAAAGUCUAGACUGAUAAUUCAGGGCAGAACUGAGAGAGCAUUAUACUAUUGGAUCUGAAGAAGGGUCCUGAUCCAAAAUACCACCAACCCCUGUUCUCCAGAGAUGCUAACUGACCCUCUGUUUAACUCCAGCACUUUGUGUCCUUUUUUGUGAAACAGCAUCUACCGUUUCUUAUUUUUACAUUAUUGAAAGUGUUGGCUACUGGAUGAGAUCUUAAACUGAAUCUUUGACUGUCCUCCCAGGUGCUUCUUAAAGAGGCCACAGCAUUAUUUCAAAGAAUUUCAGGGAAGUUCUCAAUUUCAAUCUCAAAGCAGAUAAUCAAGUUAUUGCUUGUGCAAGCUUCCUACUUUGCAUCAGUGGCUACACUUCAAGAAGUAUUAAACUGGUAAUAUAAUGCUUUGUACGAGGCUUUUAGAAAUGGAAGUCUUUGCUUUCUGAAUGACACCAUCGUAGUUUGCCCAUCUGUAAGGAUUUUGAAUCCCAAAAUAGCUUGUAACUGCUCCAUUACCACUUGGAGUGGACUUGAAAUUUAAUUGUCUUGCUCUGUGUAUGCCUGACUCUGUUUAGGUUUAAGGUAGUCGUGAGGUAAAGAUUACCUCUAUUUGAACCUUUCUCCUACCUGACCACAAGCAUUUGGUUGGGCACCAGGAUUGUCAUUCUCCACUCCUUCAUGUGCAGCGUUGAAAUAGGUCAGGUGAUUGGUGUGAGCAUGUCUUGCCCCUUACCCUACUCCCCAAUAUAAAAGAGGCUAGCUCCAGCACCAUUCCUUCACUCGCUUCACACAGAGUUCCAGAAAUUUCAGACGAACUGAGAACAUUCUGUUCUUUGUAUUCAAGUGGCCAAAAUAAAAUUAUUUCAGCUAGAUCUCUGCUAACACCCUAUACGUGACCCUCUGGAGAAAAAAAACUUCACUUACUUCAGUCAUAAAUGGAUGGCCCCAUAUUUUCAGACAGUAAGCCUGAGUUCUGGAUACUCCCACAAGAUCGAAACAUAGAAACAUAGAAAAUAGGUGCAGGAGUAGGCUAUUCAGCCCUUCGAGCCUGCACCGCCAUUCAAUAUGAUCAUGGCUGAUCAUCCAACUCAGUAUCCCGUACCUGCCUUCUCUCCAUACCCCCUGAUCCCUCUAGCCACAAGGGCCACAUCUAACUCCCUCUUAAAUAUAGCCAAUGAACUGGCCUCAACUACCUUCUGUGGCAGAGAGUUCCAGAGAUUCACCACUCUGCGUGAAAAAUGUUUUUCUCAUCUCGGUUCUAAAGGAAUUCCCCUCUAUCCUUAAGCUGUGACCCCUUGUCCUGGACUUCCCCAACAUCGGGAACCAUCUUCCUGCAUCUAGCCUGUCCAAUCCCUUAAGAAUUUUGUACGUUUCUAUAAGAUCCCCCCUCAAUCUCCUAAAUUCUAGCGAGUACAAUCCGAGUCUAUCCAGUCUUUCUUCAUAAGAAAGUCCUGACAUCCCAGGAAUCAGUCUGGUGAACUUUCUCUGCACUCCCUCUAUGGCAAUAAUGUCCUUCCUCAGAUUUGGAGACCAAAACUGUACGCAAUACUCCAGGUGUGGUCUCACCAAGACCUUGUACAACUGCAGCAGAACUUCCCUGCUCCUAUACUCAAAUCCUUUUGCUAGGAAUACUAACAUACCAUUCGCUUUCUUCACUGCCUGCUGCACCUGCAUGCCUACUUUUAAUGUUCAAGAAGGAACUGCAGAUGCUGGAAAAUCGAAGGUACACAAAAAUGCUGGAGAAACUCAGCGGGUGCAGCAGCAUCUAUGGAGCGAAGGAAAUAGGUAACGUUUCGAACCGAAAACCUUCUUCGAAGGACCGAAUGGUCUACUCCUGCACCUAUUGUCUAUUGCCAGGACCCGUAGUCAGGAUCGAACCUGGGCCUUUGGCGCCGUAAGGCAGCAGCUCUACCGUUGCGCCAAUGUGUCACAGAAUAUGGACGAACGGCGCUCAAGUCUGAAGAAGGGUUUCGGCCCGAAACGUUACCUAUUUCCUUCGCUCCAUAGAUGCUGCUGCACCCGCUGAGUUUCUCCAGCAUUUUUGUCUACCUGCCUACUUUUAAUGACUGGUGUACCAUGACACCCAGGUCUCGUUGCAUCCCCCCUUUUCCUAAUUGGCCACCAUUUAGAUGAAACUUUCUCUCCAGAUCCACAAUGUUCAGACCCCUUAGACUUUUUUUCGCCUUCCAUCACAGUGGGGAAUGUGGAGGAGUCACUGUGGUGGAUGUUUAUGUUAACAUGUAUUUUGUGUGUCUUGUUGCUUUUUAUUGGCAUGACUGUAUGGCAAAUCAAAUUCCUCAUAUGUUGCAAAACAUAUUUGGCUAAUAAAGUAUGAUUAGAAUUAUGAUUAUGAGUUGUAUGUGCUUCAAUCAAGUUCCCUCUCACUCAUCCAAACCCUAGUGGAUACAAGCCUAGCCUAUCGAGUCUUUUCUCAUGACAGCUUGCCCAUUCCAGGUAUUAAUUUGGUAAACCCCUGGACCCAUUCCAAUGGUUUUAUAUUUUUCCUUAAAUUCUAUCAAUGCUGUAAACGGUGCUCCAGGUGUGGCCUCAUCAAUGCCCUCUGAGACUGAAGCACCAAUCAUUUUUGAACUCCGUUUCCCCAGCAAUAGACCAUAAUAUUUUAUCAGGUUUUCUCAUUAUCUUCAGUACCUGUGCAUCAGCCUUUCAUGCUCUCGGACAUGCAAAUCCCUCGGCAUCUUAGAACUCUGCAAUCUCUCACCAUUUAGAUAAUAUGCUGUUUUUAUUAUUCCUCCAAAACAGGGCAGAUUUCACAUUUCCCCAUUAUACAAUACAAUACAAUACAAUACAAUUUAUUGUCAUUUGAGCCUCAGUGAGGCUCAAACGAAAUUCCGUUUCCACAGCCAUACAAACAAAGACAAUUUCCUCCAGACAUACACACAAUUUAAUUCACACAAACAUCCAUCACAGUGAACCCACUGUGAUGGAAGGCAAAGUCUUUUCUCUAAUAUAUUACAUUUACCAGAUCUUUCCCGUUCACUCAAUCUAUCAUAUAUUAAUUUGUGUCCUCUUAUGACCUCUUCAAAAUGUCCUUUCCUACCUAUCUUUGUGCCCUCAGCAAAUGAUGCAACUAUACUUGAGGGCCAUUCGUCCAUAUUCUGCGACACAUUGGCGCAGCGGUAGAGCUGCUGCCCUACAGCACCAGAGGCCCAGGUUCGAUCCUGACUACGGGUCCUGUCAAUAGACAAUAGGUGCAGGAGUAGACCAUUUGGUCCUUCGAGCCAGCACCGCCAUACAAUGUGAUCAUGGCUGAUCAUCCCCAAUCAGUACUCCGUUCCUUCCUUCUCCCCAUAACCCCUGACUCGCUAUCCAUCUCUCUCUUGAAAGUAUCCAGAGAACCGGCCUCCACCGCCCUCUGAGGCAGAAAUUCCACAGACUCACAACUCUCUGUGUGAAAAAGUGUUUCCUCAUCUCCGUUCUGAAUGGCUUACCCCUUAUUCUUAAACUGUGGCCCCUGGUUCUGGACUCCCCCAACAUCGGGAACAUGUUUCCUGCCUCUAGCGUAUCCAAACCCUUAAUAAUCCUAUGUGUUUCAAUAAGAUACCCUCUCAUCCUUCUAAACUCCAGAGUAUACAAGCCCAGCCGCUCCAUUCUCUCAGCAUAUGACAGUCCUGCCAUUCCGGGAAUUAACCUUGUAAACCUACGCUGCACUCCCUCAAUAGCAAGAAUGUCCUUCCUCAAAUUAGGGGACCAAAACUGCAUACAAUACUCCAGAUGUGGUCUUACCAGGGCCCUAUACAACUGCAGAAGGACCUCUUUGCUCCUAUACUCAACUCCUCUUGUUAUGAAGGCCAACAUGCCAUUCGCUUUCUUCACUGCCUGCUGUACCUGCAUGCUUACUUUCAUUGACUGAUGAACAAGGACCCCCAGAUCCCAUUGUACUUCCCCUUUUCCCAACUUGACACCAUUUAGAUAAUAAUCUGCCUUCCUGUUUUUGCUACCAAAGUGGAUAACCUCACAUUUAUUCACAUUAAUCUGCAUCUGCCCACUCACCCAACCUGUCCAAGUCACCCUGCACCCUGCACCCUGCAAGUCAUAGCAUCCUUCUCACUGUUCACACUGCCACCCAGCUUUGUGUCAUCUGCAAAGUAGCUAAUGUUACUUUGAAUACCUUCAUCUAAAUCAUUGAUGUAUAAUGUAAUAGCUGCGGUCCCAGCACCGAGCCUUGCGGUACCCUACUAGUCACUGCCUGCCAUUCUGAAAGGGACCCAUUAAUCCUACUCUUGUUUCCUGUCUUCCAACCAAUUUUCUAUCCAUGUCAGCAUUCCACCCCCAAUAUCAUGUGCCCUAAUUUUGCCCACUAAUCUCCUAUGUAGGACCUUAUCAAAUGCUUUCUGAAAGUCCAGGUACACUACAUCCACUGGCUACCCCUUGUCCAUUAUCCUGGUUACAUCCUCAAAAAAUUCCAGAAGAUUAGUCAAGCAUGAUUUCCCCUUCAUAAAUCCAUGCUGACUCGGACUGAUCCUGUUACUGCUAUCCAAAUGUGCUGCUAUUUCAACUUUUAUAAUUGACUCCAGCAUCUUCCCCACCACCGAUGUCUUGCUAAUGGGUCCAUAAUUCCCUGUUUUCUCUCUCCCGUCUUUUUUAAAAAGUGGAAUAACAUUAGCUACCCUCCAAUGCAUAGGAACUGAUCCUGAAUCUAUCGAACAUUGGAAAAUUAUCACCACUGCUUGUAUGGAGUUUGUACAU